AGUUAUAAUGCUCGAAAGAAAGGUGUUGAUGAUUUUACAGAUUCUUCGAGUAAUUUAGAAGAUGAAUAUGAUGAUGAGGAAUAUGGGAGAGAAGAUUUAAUUGAAAGUUUAAUGAUAUUAGCAUUGUGCCUUUUGGUUGGUUAUUUAGUAUAUUUAAGGCAAUUAAGAUGGAAUCAAGCAGAGAACAAUCGAAUAGCAGCUGAUCAAGCUAAUAAUGCCAAUAAUGCUGCAAGAUUUGGAUGGGCAGGUGCUGGAGGCGAUUAA